AUGUCGGACCCUGCUGCCCUUGACAGCGAUACGAGCGCGGGGGCGCAUGGAGAGGCACUGGAGACCACGGCGUCACCCGGUGUUCAGAAGCAUGGCGACAAGAAUCUUCAUGGGGCUGCGGAAAAAGGGUUUGUGGCAACAGACAACCGAGGCGUAUCUCUCAUCCAGUUCGACCCGGAAGCGGAGAGGAAGUUGCGGAACAAACUCGACUACAUGGUCGUUCCCACCGUGUCGAUACUGUAUCUGUUCUGCUUCAUCGAUCGCGCAAACGUCGGUAACGCUAGACUGGCUGGACUGGAAAAGGACCUCGGCAUGGAGGGAAACGACUACAACAAGCUCCUAUCCAUCUUCUACAUCAGCUACAUCCUCUUCGAGAUCCCGUCGAACCUCUGCUGCAAAUGUUUGGGCCCCGGCUGGUUCAUCCCCACCAUCUCCCUCGGCUUCGGAAUCGCUUCGCUAGGGACAGCUUUCGUGCAUGACCUACCUUCGGCUUGCGGUGUUCGUUUCGUCUUGGGCAUAUUUGAGGCCGGAAUGUUGCCAGGAAUUAGCUAUUACCUGUCACGCUGGUAUCGAAGGUCCGAGUUGGCCUUUCGGCUGUCUCUGUUCAUCGUCAUGGCGCCGCUAGCUGGGGCUUUCGGCGGUCUCCUUGCCUCGGGUAUCCUCACACUUGAUCACUUCGGCAGCCUGCAUUCCUGGCGCAUGAUAUUUGGCAUCGAGGGCAUCAUCACGAUUGGCAUUUCGCUGUUCGCAUUCGCCACGCUGACUGACCGCCCAGAAACAGCACGGUGGCUUACCCAGGAGGAGAAGGACCUGGCCAUCGCGCGCGUCAAGUCGGAGCGCGUUGGGCAAACAUUGGUGCUCGACGUCAUGAACCGCAAGAAGCUGUGGCUCGGCUUCUGCAACCCCAUGAUCCAGGCGACAGCCUUCAUAUUCCUGCUGAACAACAUCACGGUGCAGGGUCUCGCGUUCUUCGCGCCUACUAUUGUCAGCAGCAUCUACCCGACAGCAAGCACGAUCAGAAAGCAGCUGUACACCGUGCCACCCUACGCCGUCGGCGCCGUCUUCGAGGUUCUGUUCCCGCUGAUGAGCUGGCGCUUCGACCGCCGGCAGAUCUUCCUCAUCGCCACGGCGCCCCUGACCAUGCUCGGCUACAUCCUGUUCCUCGCGAGCGACGAGCCGAGGGUGCGGUACGCGGCCACAUUCUUCACGGCCAUCAACUGCUUCGCCGUGGGCUCGCUGUCCAACGCGCAGGCCUCGGCGCAGGUCGUCAGCGACACGGCCCGCAGCAUGGGUAUCGCCACGAACAUCAUGUACGGCAACAUCGGCGGGCUCAUCGCCACCUGGUCGUACCUCUCGUGGGACGGGCCCGAUUAUCCGAUCGGUAACGGCCUGAACCUGGCGGCUUCGAGUCUCAUCUUGAUACUGGCUACGGCAGGCUUGUUAUGGAUGAAGUGGGAUAACAAGAGGAGGGACAAACUCGAUGUGGACGAGAAGCUGCGGGGCUUGACGCCGGAGCAGGUUGGGAGCCUGGAGUGGAAGCAUCCCGGUUGGCGAUGGAAGCCCUAA